AUCGCCAAAGUUAUGGAGGAUUGUACUUUGGACAAUUUUUUUCCUGAAGUUGUAAAUAAACUUGACACCAAACAAUUUGCACUCCCAAAGAAAUCAACGACCCACGCUUUGGUGUACCUUUUACAUUCAAUCUUGGUUGCUUUUGAGAGAGGUUCCUGUACUGCCAGAUUGUUCUUUGCAGAUUUCAAGAAAGGUUUUGACCUAGUAGACCACAAUGUUAUUAUUAAAGAGUUAACCCUGCUUGGUACCCAUCCCUCUAUAAUUCGGUGGAUUAAAGCCUUCCUCUGCGAUCGCGAACAAUGUGUCCGGGUGGGAACUUCUAUGUCCUCUUGGAAGAAAACAAAUGGUGGCUUGCCACAAGGUACAAAGUUGGGUCCAUUAUUGUUUGCUGUUCUCAUUAAUUCCUUACUCAAAACUGGCCCAGUAGGAUCAAGUUUGUGGAUGACACCUCAGCCCUAGAGAUUAUACCACGUUUUUCAUCCAGUUUAAUGCCAUUAGUCGUAAAUGAAAUCUCGGACUACGCCUUAGAACGCGGAAUGGAACUAAAUUAUAAGAAAUGCAAACAAAUGUUGAUCAACUUUCUUAAAUAUAAAGGAUCUGAUGAUGAAAACUCGAUCUAUGUUGCUGGUAAACCGGUGGAAACUGUGUCCUCUUUCAAACUCCUAGGUGUAUGGAUAUCAAACGACUUGUCAUGGAAUACUCAUGUCGACAUGGUAUUGAAAAAGGCAAAUUCUCGCUUAUACGCAUUGCGUCUGUUAAAAAAGGCUGGUCUUCAAGCAUCUCACAUCGUCCAAAUAUACAUCUCAUUCAUCAGAUCCAGAAUUGAAUAUGCAUCCCCUGUAUGGUCGUCAAUACCUAAAUCAUUAUCUGACAUUCUCGAAUCUGUUCAAAAGAGAGCAUUGAGAAUAGCUUAUCCAGAUCUGUUAUAUGAUGAAGCCCUUGAAAUUUCAAACUUACAGUAUCUGAGUACUCGUAGAGACAUCCCUUGCAAGAAAUUCGUCGAAUCUCUGCGACGUGAUGUUUCACCCUACAACCCUUUGACCCAAAUUAUGGAAAUUCGUCCCGGGGUAAAAACUCAUGAUUAUGACUUAAGGAAUGACAGAACGGCCGAACAACCUUUAUGGUCAGAAACCACUGAACGGUUAAAAAACUUCGUGACUAGGAAAUAUUAUUAGCUUUAUAGUUAAUUAACAGUCCUAACUAAAUAAAAAUUAUUUUAUAUAAUAUAUAUAUGUCUACAUUUUAAUAUAAAUUUUUAUGCUAUAUUAGUACUCCAUGUAAUUCAGUUUUCCUUUAAAAACUGCAAAUUGGUUUUAAUUAAACAGAUUGAUUGAUUGAUUGAUUGAUUGAUUGAUUGAUUACCCCAAAAAUAAAGGCACAGAUUAAAGCUAGGCAAAAGGCUUACUGCCGCGGUGAUAAACCCAAGUACGACCAAUUAUGUAAAAAGGUCUCCAAGUUAAUUCGGAAUGCAAAACAAUCGUUUUAUCACACCGAAGGGAGAGAUCUUCGUCAAAAAGAUCCUGCAAAAUGGUAUAAAACUGUCUAUACUCUGUUGGGUGCUGAAACGAAUCAUAACUCUUUACAAACUCCAUCUAAUGAAGAUCUGUCUAAGGUUGCUGAAAACCUACAAACUGCUUUUACAAACCCAUGGAAAGAUAUCAAUGUUGACCUCCCGGACAUAAAUGAAGUUAACCACUUACUUAAGGAUACGUCACCACCGCUACCUUCCUUAGGGCAAGUACGGUCCUGCCUAAAGCACCUUAACCCAAAGAAAGCAACAGGGAUAGAUAAAAUCCCUGCCUGGUUUUUAAAGCACUACUGUGAUGAUCUUACGCCAGUGAUACAUAGUAUCGUAAUAGGCAGCAUUACCCAAUCCAAGUAUCCUACUGCGUACAAGCAUGCAAUUGUAACUCCGGUACCAAAGAUACAUCAACCCAAAGAUAUAAACAACGAUUUCAGGCAAAUUUCUGUGCUUCCUCAUCUAGCUAAAAUGAUAGAGAAAAUCCAGUUGGAACUCAACUCUCAUGAUCUGGCAAUAAAGGACAACCAACAUGCUUUCGUUAAAAAUCGAUCUACUGUUUCAGCCCUGAUCUCGAUGACCCAGAAGUGGUUUGACGUAACAGAUAACUCCAAUAUUGGAAGAAAAGGGGUCCAUACUACGUUCUUGGACUUCAAAAAAGCAUUCGACCUUGUCGACCAUAGAAUUCUAUUAAUAAAAUUAGCGGAAAUGAAUGUAUCGAAGGCCUUCUGGUCAUGGGUGAAGUGUUUCCUUACAGAGCGGACUCAACAUGUGAAUUUACAUGGUGUUAUAUCUUCAAGCGCCCCCUGUCCAGCUGGAGUCCCGCAAGGCUCCGUUAUUUCUCCAACACUGUUCAAUAUUCAUAUCAAUGAUUUGGAAAACACGUUAACAAACAACCUUACAAACACGCACAAGUAUGCAGACGACUGCACUCUUGAUGAGGUCGUUGCAAACGGAGCCCUUUCAAAUAUGCAGGAAUCGACUAAUCAAGUGAUGAAUUGGGCCAAUGAUAAUAAAAUGAUGGUGAACCCCAAAAAAACUAAGGAUCAGUUUUUCCCAAUCCUCUUCUGAACCCCCACCUAUACAAACGGAUGGAAUUGAAAUAGAAAGAGUAAACUCCUUCAAACUUCUCGGUGUAUGGUUGCAAAAUGACUUAAAGUGGAAUACCCAUGUUUGUAAAAUAACAAAAAGAGCAAAUAAGCUAUUAUUCCUUCUCAGAGAGUGCAGGAAAUCCUUCCUACCACCCGAGAUUGGUUUAUUAACAUAUACGUCGAAGAUCCGGCCAAUACUUGAAUACGCCUCUCCAGUUUGGGGCGGAAUCCCUAAAUAUCUUGAAGCAGAAAUUGAACGUGUUCAACAAAGAAGCUUGAGAAUCCUAGGACUUGAGAAAGAUACCCUCCCUACACUAAAAGAAAGAAGGGACAAGGCAACAUGCAACGAGCUGAAAAGGAUCGUGGAAGUCCCAAAAAACCCAUGUAAUCGUUUCCUAUCUGGUAAUAAGAAUCACACUUACGAACUGAGAAGGACCAGAGACAGCACUCCAAGACAGCUCUCAAAAACACACAGGCAUAGUACGUCUUUUAUCCCAAGGGCGUGUAGAUUAACCAACUCAUGA